AUGGAUACGUGGACAAUGGCACACGUGAUAUGGGGAUUGGCGAGUAUCGUCUCGAUGACCUUAAGCGCACCAUCCCCGAAGCUGUGCCCCUAUCAGUGCGUUUGCGGAACGGACGCUCUGGGCAGGAUCAGCGUCCUCUGCAAAGACGGUGAUCUCUCGCCGAGUCUGCCGGUAAAUCACAUGGACCCUCUCACGCAAGUUAUAAUCGUGACAGCGCCCGAUGAGGACAGCGCAAACUCGCUGACCAUAGGGCCGAUAUUUCAACAAUUCACCAAAUUACAAGAGGUCCACAUAUCGCAUUCGAACAUUCCGGCAAUCGGUCGUCAUUCGUUUUGGGGCGUGCCGACGUUACGGCUCCUGAAUCUGACGCACAACAACAUAUCAACGGUUCUGGACUAUAACUUCAGAGGCAUGGCAGAUCUCGAGGAGCUGCACCUCGAUUUCAACCGGAUAGAGAAAAUGUCCAGUGGUACCUUUCGAUACCUGACCGGACUCAAAGUGCUCUCUUUGAGGAGCAACGUAAUCUCCGAACUAGUGCCGAGGCUAUUUCACAUGUUGGGGGGCUUGAAAGUUUUGGAUUUGAGCGGAAACCCAUUGAAAGAACUUCUACCAGACGCUUUUAAAGAUAUACAGGAGUUGAGAACAUUGCGAUGCCGCGGCUGUGACCUGCGCAUUAUCAACACCCAACUAUAUCACUUAUUACCGCAACUUCGUGAGUUGGAUUUCGGCGAGAACUCGAUCAACUAUCUUCCCAAAGAAGAUUUUUCUCAACUUAAGAAACUGAAGCACAUGUACUUGGACGGUAACCGCCUAGCUGUGUUGUUACCCGGAUUAUUUAAACAACAAGCUCAACUAUCGACACUUCAUUUGGCGAAUAAUCGAUUGGUAAAAAUUGCCCCAAAAGCAUUUGAUGGGUUGAACUCUAUAAGAGAACUUAACCUAUCAGGGAAUCAACUUGACGUACUAGAACUGCCAGUUAUGGAACCCGUGAUCGCAACUUUGCAAAGUUUUGACGUGAGUGGAAACCAUCUGGACAUGGAUGAUAUCAGACCAGUUUUGCAGAAUAUGCAUCUGUUGACCAACAUUCGGUUGAGUCAUUUGAAACUAGUGGACUUACCAUUAGGUCUGUUCGAAGAGAACGGCAAGUUGAAGCGCGUCGACCUGUCUCACAACGAAUUGCAAGCGAUCCCGAUACAGAUCCUGGCGCAUUUGUCCAAGCUCGAAGAAUUGGAUUUGCGUCACAACCAAUUACGCGGCAUCGAGGAGCGUUUAUCGCAACGCUUCACGGCGAUCGAUCGGGUCUUCCUGGCGGAGAAUCCGUGGCAGUGCGACAUGUGUCACGUGCGCUCCCUCAUUGGGCCCCAUUACAGGUGGGACGAUCCGAUAUGUGCCAGUCCAUCAAUAUUACGAGGACAACUUUUAUCAUCUGUCAAAGAAUCAGAUCUCGGCUGGUGCACAUUGGGGGCCGGAGGAAGGGAUGCUGCCAGUACUGAACUCAUCAGGAGAGACGGUCCAUUUGGAGCGUAUGUCGCGAUUGGAAUACCGUUGGUGCUUUUUGGCGUCGCUCUAAUCGUGACCGGCUUGUGCUACAUCCGUCGGCGCACGGCGCGCUAUUACACCGGCGAGGAGAAACACCCGGACCACUCGGUGGCCUCAUCGCAAUUGUGCACGUCCGCCACCGAGGUGAGCUUUCGCUUUCCGGCGGACGAUAAGCUCGCCGCUCUGGCCGACGCCUCAUGA